GACAAAGAUAUAUGGUACUAAAAAUUGAGAAGAAUAUCAAACAAGUUCAAAUAACUUUAUACACUUGCCACCCCAGCAACUAGAUCCCACAUACAGGCUCAAGUGUUACACAUCUUCUUCUAGCUACAUAAUUAUUCAUUUUACAGAUAGAGAGAGAGAAUCUUAUAGCUAGCUUGGACAUGCACACUUCUCACCUUCCUAGCCAUUUCGUUGCAAUAUACUCUGCCCACACUCUUAUAUCUUUACACCAGCACAGUGUCUUCCUCAAGCAGCAGAAUCUGAUCCUCCUUGUUUCUCUGAGAUUCAUCUCUCUUCUUGCACCUAGAUCCAAAGGCUAGGGUUUUUCUUUUCCCCCUUUGAGUACUACAAUCUUCUUCAUUAAGAACUGCACCCAAAAGAGAAUUCUAUCUGAUUUUCCAAGGUGGUAGAUUCUUGAAAACUCUUUUGAGAGAUUUCACAUCUUCAAAUCAAUUGGGUUUAUUGGCCAGAGAAUAUUUUUCUCGUCCUUAUAUUUCUGGUAAUCUUCGGAUUCAACAGGAAUACAAAGGAAUUAUCUUGUUAAGUUUGCUUAGUCAUAUAGAGGAGAGAGACUUUUCCAAAUCACUCUAAUUAGUUUGAAGUAACUAGUGGUUUUGGGAUAUGGGUUUGAGUACUAAACAGGUUUCUAGUGAUCAUGGCCUUGACUGGGGUCAGAGCUUGUUGCAAUCUAAUGGUGGCGGUGGUGGUGCUCUGGACCUGCCUACGAAACCUGCUCCGGCGAGGCGGCAACCGUCGCAGCAGCCGCCGGAGCCGGUGGCAUGUCCCAGAUGCGCCUCUACAAACACCAAGUUCUGCUACUACAACAACUACAACAAGUCUCAGCCGCGCCACUUUUGCAAGGCUUGCAAGAGGCACUGGACCAAAGGCGGCACCCUACGCAACGUUCCCGUCGGCGGUGGCCGGAAAAACAAGCGGCAGAAGACGUCAAACGCCACUGCCACCACCUCCACUGCCGCCACAGCCACUACAAAUCCUCCUACUACGCACACGGGAAACAAAAGCCAGCAGCUCACUCAGUCUUUUUCUUCAAGAGUUGCCGAUCAUCAUCAAGACAAAAUGUCUGAAAUCCUGUAUCAGGCCUUGAUUCCAUCUGGCCAUUUCAAUGCCAAAAGCUUCAGCGGCGGCAACAAUGGCGAUUUUCUGGGUUCUAUUUCUUCUCUGCCUUUGGUUCAAAACCAAACCCUGUUACCCUUCGCCUUCUCAAGUUUAGGCUCUUUCGAGAGCAACCCAUCUUCGAUUUCUUCGAUCUCCACGUCCUUUCGAUCUCGGAACGGUUUUGAUUUCAUCGGAGGGUUGGGUUCCAUGGAGGAAACAGCAACCAUAAUCCCCACCACAAUUACCAGCAAUGCGGGCUGUGAGCAAUGGCAAGUUCCGGUUACAAACAGUGUGAUGGAGAUGAUGCCGGUUAAUAAUAACUACUGGAAUUGGGAUGAUAUUGAACCCUUGGUCUCCACUGAGCUCAAUAUUCCUUCAUGGGGUAUUGAUAAUGAUCAGAUUAAGCCCUGAAGAAGGAAAGGUACCACGCCACUAUCGCCCGUGCUUCUCUACAAUAUAACCCUGUGAAUAAGCGUCUGGAUUCGGGUCCUUGAUUCUCCGUCUCCAAAAUAUGUUCCCUUGUCUUAAUGCACUCCUGUGACUUUUUUUAAUCGAUGUAUCAGUCACAAUGUUGGCAGUGCAUGAGAUGUAACGAUUUCAUAUACCGCGGUCUGGAAAUAAUGAUCGUACGAGUCCUCCUGUUUUUAUUAGUAGCUAGGUUUCUCACAUUUGUACAAUUGUAAGGGCUCCAUCGGUACUAAUCGCGGAUAACUGCUUUCGACAAGGAGAUACGGGGACAUGUUUUGGAGAUAGAGGAUUGGAUCGCUAACUCCGUGUUUGGAGGGUUGUUUUCUCAUUUGUUUGAGACUUUGAGUCUUGUUUCUUAGAUGUUGAUCUCUGAUAUAGUAUGUGUCCUUUUGUGUUCUUGUGUCCAUUUCAAAGCAUCUAUACCCUUGAUCCCCUUCAGCCUGUAACUCAUACAGUGUGUGAGAUGUGUAUACUGUGUGAAGCUGUCCCUUUUAGUUUCAGCUUCAGUACUUCUAUGGAAUCUCUUAUCUCUGAUUUCC